AGCGAGACUGAACCAGAUCACCGUCCACCUCGGGGAGUUCGACACCAAGGACACCGGCGAAUACCACGAGCCGCUGCCCAAGGAAACGUACUCCGUGAUCGAGAAGCGAAUCCAUCCCAACUUUAAGUACAUGCUAACGCAACCAGACAGGUACGACAUUGCAGUUCUGCGCCUGAACAGGCCUGUCAUCUAUCGGGACAACAUUUUGCCAAUCUGCUUGCCAGAUCCAAGUGAUGACUUCAUUGGUGAUAUUGGCAUUGUUGCAGGGUGGGGCAAGACAGAUAAUUCUUUCGGGAAAACAGGUACAAAUAUUCUACAAAAAGUGAUGGUUCCUAUUAUUAGUAAUGAUGAAUGUCUUCGCUGGCAUCAUCAUAAAGGCAUUGAUGUCAAGUUAUAUCAAGAGAUGUUUUGUGCUGGGCACUCCGAAGGCAAAAUGGAUGCCUGUUUGGGAGAUUCAGGCGGACCGUUGGUUGUCCACCACAACGGGAGAUGGGUAUUAUCAGGGAUUACUUCAGCAGGCUUUGGUUGUGCCGUAGACCAUCAGCCAGGAAUUUAUCACAAAGUGUCAGUCACAUCAGGCUGGCUAGCUGCAAAUGUCAGACCGUAAGAGAAAGUUUAGCAAUUGUAAAUAUAAACUAAUGGUCUCAUUGGCAAUAUAUGGAUAUGCCAAAUAUGUGGAUCAAAUGUUGUGAUCAUAGUGCAUUACAUUCAUCGCAGUUGUCCUUAAAGUAUUUUUCCAAUUUUGUACUGUUAGGAUCAAUAUCUAAAUCAUAUUUCACUCAUCAAACAAUGCACCAUUCAAUUCUCCACAUUGUAUAUUUUACUGCAAUACAAGAAAACGAAUGCCUUGCACACACACACACACACACACAUUUUUUUCCAAUAUUAUUAUCAUUUUUGCCAGCUAUUUACCUUCAUGCCGAUCUUUGUGGCUGUGGCCCUUGCUGCUUUGGAUUUAGCCAGACGUGGCCAACUAUCUAAAUUUCUCCCAAUUUUCUCAUUACUAUUGGAGUUCUGCUUGAUACAGACGACUGAUGCCUUGAGAUCUAUGACUUUAUGUGGAUCAGCAUAAUUCUCACGAGGAUUCAGGUUAUAUGUAAGAUGCGAGGGUAAACGCAUAUAGUGUGAUAGAGAUCUGGAUUUAUUUACAGUUUAUGGGGAAAGCCCUCGAGACAGCAAGUCUGUUCAGAUCUUUUAGCUGGCUCUAACUGAAGUGAUGUAAUGGCUGAGUUUAUAAGAAUAAUUUGGACAGGAUAGUUUGUAUUUGUUCGUACGUGUUCUUUAAAAUACUUAUAUGGAUUUCUGUAUGUUCGUCUUUGUCAUGCUUCCAUACAUGAAUUUCAGUUUUAUUGUUUCUCUAGGUUUUACCCUAGUAAAAAUGGUCCAUAUUUAAUUUCUUAAAUCUGAUAUUUUAAAUUCACUGCUAUACACUUAAUAAUCCCACCACUGACUGUUAAAUACUCUUGGAAGAUUUAAUGCAGUUUGUCACUGACUACAGACUCAGCUAUUUAAUUAUUUUCAUCACAUGCCAAUUAAUGUCAAAGAAAGUUCACCGAACUUUCACCUUACACGUAAAUAUACAUGUAGUAAUGCAUGUGUAAAUAAUGCCUCCGUACAUCUUUUGAUAUUCCCCAAACUCUACCAUACAGAAUCAUUUGUCAGUCAGUCCAGUUAAAAGAUACUUUUCCCCAUAGAAAUAUUCCGGAUUUCCAUUCAUCUCGGUAUUAAAUGGAUUCCCAAGUGCAUAAAAUGUAAGACGUGGAACAAGAUUAACUUACUACUUACCUUAAUUUUGUUAAAGCAACAUACCUCAGCAUUUUAGCCAAUCAUGGAAAAUUAUUUAACAUUCAUUAAAAAUUGUGCAGCUGUAACCCACACACUGAGUCAGUGUGGAAGAAAAUUACGUCUUAAUUAUAAAGAAAUAAAAUGCAACCUAUGGUCUGCAUAUUACAUAUUUUAUUUUCUAUCUUCAGCACACUGAUUUGUCACUAGGUGUAAGCUGGCCAUAUCUAUACUUUACUUUUGUACAUAUUUCAAUUUGUCAAUAUGAAAUAACUGAUAUUGCUUAUAUCAAAGCAACUAACAAAUCUCCAAAGUCAGCAUGUCACCACCUCAGCAAUGGAAUAGCAAACAAUAGUCAUCACAAAAAUGAUGGCUUGGAAUCGUUCCGCUCUGUACUUUAACCCAUUGGCAUCGACAACAUAUGCUAUCUACUGCCAUUUUGUUAUGACUACUCGUUUGCAGAGACAUGGCUUCACAAACGUUUAGUCACCAAAGUUUUUUACUAGGUCUAUUUGCUCUUACCAGCUUGCCCCAUUCUUUGAAUUAUUAUUAUUAUCAUUUUUAUUUUCAUUAUUAUUGUUGUUGUCAUUAAUUCUAUUAUCAUUAUUAUUAUUGUUUUAAUUAUUAUUAUUAUUAUUUUGAUUAUCAUAACUGUAAUAAUAAUAAUAGUAAUAAAGUUUUAAAAUAUUUAAGGACUGGGGAAAGUAGCUGGUCAGGUAUGCUCAGUAAUCCAUUCCUUUGCAACUCUGCUCUUUUGGAAUAAUCUGUGUAAGACUAAUAAAACAAAACCAGUCAUCAGAGCAUGCAUCCAUAUGCUCUUUCGCCACAGAUCAAGACUUGGACAAAUUAUGACUCAUUAUAGUCCUUAAUUUGCUGUCAAGUUUUGAAUUCUCUCUCACAUUUGUGUGCUUCACUUGAACUGAUCUUUUGUCGUUCCACAUGCUGUUUGUUUCCCAUUAAUGAGCUUAUUUGCUUCCUCCACAGUGCUAAAGAUCUACGAAGUGUACAAAUUGUUGAUUCUGAUUGUGUAUUAUAUACAAAUUAUCACCUUUUUUUAUAAAACAUAAGUUUGAGAUGUAUAUAAUAUUUAUUUUUCUAGCAUUUAGUGCAAGGAAUAAAAUUACCCUUGAAA